AUGUGUCAAGGCCAGUCGUCAAGGACAUCUUUCGGCGGUGCAGUCGCCCGAAUCCAUCCAACCGGCACAAACUCUUUCAGCUGUCUCCUCCAGUUUAAGAACGGGGCCGGCCACUCGGACCCUACUAUUCUGACCUACGAAUUUGAGCGCCCGCAGCUGCCCUGCUGCAAGCUUAGGAUCCAUCAGUUCGGCGACCUGUCUUCAAGCGUUGCAUCAGCAGGCCGAAUACUUCACAGUGUAGACCUCAUGUUCCCGUCCGCGGAGAAAACCGCCGGAUCGGUGAUACUUGACCGACGGCUUGAUCUUGGGGUUGGCGAGGAAGGCAUUAUUGGAAGAGUAGUUUCUAUGACUACUACUGCUACUGCUGCUGCUGCUGCUGCUGCUCGUUGUUCUGCUUGGGGAAGGCGUUAUUGGGUGGAACUGAUCGAUCAACUGAUAUGA